UUCUUGUAAUACCGAAUAAAGAUGGCCUUUGCUAUCGAAUAAAGUUUGUAUACUUCGGUGUUAUUUGCGUUUUCAAUGUUCGUAAACUAAAUGUUUGUAACACAGAAUUAUUAAAAUCUAUGGUAUAGAUAUAUAAUUACGUAGUAAAAGUUUCUAAAUUCAAUUUCACAAAUAUGUCUGUCAAUAAAGUUCAGUCGUUAUAUUAUUUUCCGAGAAUAACUCGAUGGUCUAAAGGAAUAGGAGCAGAAUUACCAGAAGCAUAUAAAAAAUUUUGGAAAGAAUGGAAAAUUCAAGAACCAACUGCAGUUCAUUACAUAAAAGAGGAAGGAAAAUAUAUUAGAAAUGAAAAAACAGGAGAAGUUCAUCCGGUACAAAAUAUUCGGAUUCCUUUGAAAUAUCCAAAAGAAUUUGAACAAUAUAUAUUAGGUGGAGAAGCUGUAAUCCAAGGCUUCCGACAACGUGAGAAAUACUGUCGCAGAUAUCCUCAUUUUUGGUUUCCUAUAUUAAAAAAAUCCGUCCUUUAUAGUGAAGUUUUGGAUUCGUAUAUGAGAGCAAUCAUUACACAAAGAACCAUUCUUUUAAUUCAUGAAAAUUAUGGAUUUGAUCAUUACUUAUUAAAGACUCCUGCGUGCGAUUUAAGGUCAGAACUUGCUGUCAAACUAAAGCGACAAAUACUUAUAGCAUUGGCAGAUAAAACAUUAUAUCCAAAUGACAAAGCCAAAAGGGACGAAGUAUAUGCCAAGUAUUCACAAUAUUUAUCUUCAUAUACACGAGAAGAAAUUGAAUGGUACGGUUUAACAUAUAAGGAAGCAUGUCAGAAAUGGAUUGCUUUGAAAAAAGAGCAGAAUAAAGUACAGCCAUUAAAAAUUCAAUACAGAUCUGAAUUAAUAGCAAAACUUAAAGAAAACAAUAUUAAAGAAGCACAGGAUAUUGAUGUCCUACCAAAGGAAAAGGACGAUGGUUUGUGGUUAUCCAAAUGGAAUCCAUUUUCAAAAACUUCAAAAACCAAAUAGGUAACAUUCAUAGCUUGAUAUCGCAUAUUUUGUAAAUAGUAAAAAAAAGGAAAAGAUUUAAGUAAACGUAAUAUCUGAA